AUGUCAUGGACCGGGUUCAAGAAAGGCGUCAAUCGCGCGACGACGCAAGUUCUUAUGAAGACGGGCCAAGUUGAGCGCACAAAUGAUCGCGACUUCGAGACUGAGCAGCGUCGCUACCGCACCAUGGAAACCGCCGCGAAUAAGCUUCAAAAGGAAGCCAAGGGCUAUCUCGACUCUCUGCGCGCCAUGACUGCCUCACAAAUGCGCAUCGCCGAGACCAUCGACGCCUUCUACGGCGACGCUGGAACAAAAGAUGGCGUAUCACGUUCAUAUAAGCAAGCCGUCACUGACUUGGACGCCGAGACAAUCAAGGCCCUUGACGGCCCGUACCGAACAACCGUCCUAGAUCCCAUCCAGCGAUUCUGCUCCUACUUUCCUGACAUCAACGCCUGUAUCACAAAGCGCGAGCACAAGCAGAUGGACUACGACCGCAUGCGCGCACAAGUCCGGAAGCUCACCGACAAGCCCGACAAGGAUGUUACUAAGCUACCACGGGCCGAGAAGGACGAGCAGUUGGCAAAGGCUGCAUACGACCAACUCAACGACACCCUCACCACCGAACUUCCUCAACUUAUCGAUUUACGAGUACCCUACCUAGACCCGAGUUUCGAGGCGCUAGUCAAGAUUCAGCUGAGGUUCUGUGCGGAAGCGUACUCAAGAAUGGCGCAAGUACAGCAGUAUCUGGAUGCGAACACAAGAGAUCAGUAUGCGCAGGGCGAGCUGGAUGCGCGGGUGGAAGAGGUGCUGCAAGAGAUUCGGGACCUGAGUAUCGCCGGUACCGUCUAA